CUCCAUGGGGCGCUGACGUCACCUGCCAUUGGUGUGCUCUUACUAAUAGAGCCUUGUACACAGUGAGUGGCGGCCAAUGGAGUGACAUGUCUAGGAGUGUCUGAGUCGGAGCCGUCCAGGAGCAGAGCUGGGAAGGAGCUCAGUGCAGAGGGCAUGAGUGCAGUAUGCAGCUAGCUGGCAACCGGCUGCCACCAUGUACGUCAGUUACCUUCGAGAUAAGGACGUUGGCAUGUACCCUGGAUCUAUGAGAGGCCACCCUGGGCUCCAGAACUACCCCACUGCCCCCCAAUACCCUGAUUAUGGGGGAUACCCCGGACUGAGCUUAGAGACUGCAGCACCUUCUUCUGGAUCCUCACCCUGGAUCACACCCUAUGGUCCCCCCAGGGAAGACUGGUGCCACCCUGCCUACUCAUCAGGACAUACUCCCAUUAACCCUUCACCAGGGGGCAGCCUGGGCUACAGUCCUGUGCCUGACUACCCAACUGGACAGAGCCAAGGGCCACCCUGUGUUGGGGUGCUGCAGGCUGGGCAUCAACCUCCAGUCUCUCCAGGGGUGGCAGAGGGCCACAGGAGGCAUCACUAUGAGUGGAUGAGGAAGCCGGGCACACAUGGAAACUUGGGAGGGAAAACCCGGACAAAGGACAAGUAUCGGGUGGUCUACACGGACCACCAGCGGUUGGAGCUGGAGAAGGAAUUCCACUACAGUAGGUACAUCACCAUCAGGAGGAAGUCGGAGCUGGCAGCCAACCUGGGGCUCUCUGAACGACAGGUGAAGAUCUGGUUCCAGAACAGAAGAGCUAAAGAACGAAAGAUUACCAAGAAAAGAAUCCAGCAGACUCAGACUGGACAAAAUGGACAGGAUACCCUGAGCCCAGCGUCCUCUAUGGGUCACAUGAUGUCUCUGUCUGGCACCAGUGUGGGUCCAAUGACAAAUAUCGUCACUCAGUGAAACUUUCACUUUCUUUGUUCUGACUGUGAAACAGAAGCUCUUCCUCUCCUGACUGGAUUGAACCUUGGUAAUGGGCACCAGAUGGUGUGGCGUCCAGCUGGCCAAAUGUAGGUGGAGCUUUGAAAGAGCCAGAGUGUGCUGGCAGCUCAGUGGAAGACAAAAGGAGACAUGGGCAUUUUUAUGUGUGGACUAAAACCAUAUUUGCCCAGUGCCCACCUUUGUCAAUGACUUUGUCAAGGACAUAAAUCGCCAGGACUUUAACGGAUUGGGACAACAGAUUCAAAUUAUAGACUUAAUAAUAACAUUGUUGUUUUUUUUUUACGUGAUAUGGACACUUCUCAGGAACUAACCUUUACAUUCAUUUUACUCAAAGAGGUAAAUGCUGGAGCUCAUUACAACCCUAUAAUUCUAAGCACUGAAUGGGGAAAUUGUUUUUUAAAGUCUAGGGGGUACUUUGACUUUUCUGAUACUUCUUAUUGGGGUAGAGGGUGACCGCAAAUGCUGUGAUCAGAGAUUUAAUGAUACUUGUUGUUUUUGUGUUUUGUACAAUGUCCCUGCUAAUUAUUAGCUUGAGUUUAAUUUGGCAACGUUUUGUAUUUUAAAUUAUUUGAACUUUCGCGGGAGAUGAGGAAAUAAACCAUUUUUUCUUUAAA